AUGUCGCGUUACAAGCGUAAAGGGGCCAAUUCAGCUAAGAGGGGACCGCCCGCCAAGUGGGCUAACAACCAAAAUGGUGUGAAGCGAGAUGAAAUUUUCCCGGGUUUAACCUUGGUGAAUUUUGAUCGACUAAGUGACAGUGACGAGCCAUUCAUUCUAGCAUCACUAGCUAAGCAAGUUUUUUAUGUGGUUGACAAUAUUGAUCCUAGAUGGCGUGUUGUUGCCCAAGGAAAAAGACAUAUUUUGGGUAUUGAUGAUGUUGUAGAUGAAGAUGAGUAUGAUGAGUAUGAUGACACACCUCCGUUACCAAUGGUUGUUCAACCAUUGCCAGAAGAGGAGGAUGCAAAUAAUACUAAUCAUAUGCGUACAGAUCAUACGGAAGGAAUAUGGGUUACGAAUCGUGUAAACUUGGUGAAUGUCGUAUCCUCUUAUGUGAGCCAGGUUCCAAGCACAGUUUCUGAUGUUUGCUUUCUGGUGGUUGAUGAUGCACUAAUCAACUCAGUGAAGACCGUAGCUACCAUGGAUGAUCAUCGUGAUAAUGAAAUACAGGGAAUUGAUGGAGCUAGUCAUCCUACGGGGGAAUCACAAGGUACCAACACUAGUAAAAAGACCAAAUCCCGUGGUCCGUCAAAAGGAGUUCAAGCCAAAAAGCCUAUGCAUCUUCAGUAUAAUCAAUAUGGAAUCCCUGAUGGAGAAUGGUCAGGAGAAUACGGGAAGCAAGUUGGGUCUUGUGCUGCUAGAAUUAACAUUAAUGUGAAAGAAUAUUCAACGUUAGAUGAACACACAAAGAAGGGGUUUUGGGAGGAGACCAAGCUUCUGUUCCACAUUAUUGAUGAUCCGGCUAAAAGGAGAGAAAAAUAUUUUCAUAUGUGUGUGGCGAAACGCUUUGGAGCUUUCAAGUCCAGGUUAACGCGGCGUUGGAUAACUAAGAAAGAAAAAAUGCCGAAACAUCAGACAAAUGACAUGCCUUGGGACAUCUACCAUCAAAUCACAGAGGAUGAUUGGAAAACAUUUGUGAUAGAACGAAACAAGCCGGAGAUGUUGGUUCGUAGAGAAAAAGCAAGUAAAAGUGCAUUACAAAACAAGCACCCACAUCGCACAGGCCAAAAGGGUUAUGUUAGAAAGAGACCAGAGUGGAUAAAUGAUGGGCGACUACCGCCAGAGGCAGCUUUAACCCUCUCAAGUGGCUCCUCCUCAGUGACCUCAUCACUCACCACAGCGCCAGAUAGAUUUAAGAAGUUUAGAUCAGUAGAGUGGAUCUUGGCUCAUCAAGUUAAAAACAAAGAGGGAAAGUGGGAAGUUGACCCGAAUGAUAAAGAAGCCGUAAAUAUUGCUAAGAUGGCUUUGGAGUACAUAGAAGAAGAGGGAAAAGGAAAUAUUUCAUUCACCCAGGGAGAAGAUGCCCUCACCAAGGCUAUGGGAAAAAAGGAUCACCGUGGGCGUGUCAAGGCAACAGGUGGAGUUAAUGUCGGUUACAAAGUUGCUUUCGGUCCAAUAGACCGAAGUAGUAGAUGUGGCCAUAUUGAACCAUCACCGGAGGCUAUCGAAUCAAUCAGAGCUUCGGUGAGAAGGGAGUUUGAAGAUCAAUUAGAGAGAAAGGUGGCGGAGGCCCUCCAAAACCAACUAGCCACAUUGAAAGCAACCGGUCAACUACACACCCUCUCUACCCCCGCACUUGAUUCUGCUCUUGUAAGUGAUGAGUUUGAUGUUAACCGUGCACUCGUAACCUGUUGUCCGAGUUCAUCGCAGCAACCACGCGGGCUGAAGGUAUAUAUUCUCUAUAGUGCAUACACUCAAAACACCCCUAGCUAG